UUUUGUAUAUGCAACGAAAAGUUAUGUAAAUAAGUAUAAAACAGUCUUAAGAAAAAUUGAUAAACUGAACACUAAUCAUUGUUUAUAAGAAAUGGAAGGCAAAUGUGAAAAAAGUGAAGUCUCUAAACCAAAUCCUUGGCCGUACAUGAAUAUAAGUUCAAUGACAUUAUCAUUUUUUACCAAAUUGGCAACUGCUGGUAUUAUUUGGGGAUGUGGAUAUCUAAAUCUUAGUAUAGCAUGGUUGAUUGCACCCAUAGCUUUAGCAGCAUGGAAGUCAGAACGCCGAAAAGACAAUGAAUUAAAAGCAUUUACUGCACAAGCUAGCAUAAUGGCCAAAGAAAAAGAAUUAAUAAUGAGUCGACUAGAUGAAUUGCCUUCUUGGGUUUAUUUUCCUGACUUUGAUAGAGCUGAAUGGUUAAAUAAAGUUCUAUAUAAAGUUUGGCCAAAUAUAAAUCAUUUUGCUCGUGAAUUAUGCAAACAAAGUAUAGAACCUGCUAUUGUUGAGAAAUUAGCAGAGUAUAAAAUAAAAGGAUUUCAGUUUGAAAGAUUGAUUUUGGGUCGAAUUCCUUUAAAAAUUUAUGGUAUCAAAGCAUAUGAUAAAAAUACUUCCAGAAAUGAAGUUAUACUAGAUGCUGAUGUUAUGUAUGCUGGCGAUUGUGACAUCACCUUUUCUGUUGGAAAUAUCAAAGGUGGUAUUAAGGACUUUCAGAUUCGAGGAAUGAUGAGGAUAGUUAUGAAACCACUUUUACCAGCUAUACCUAUAGUUGGGGGUGUUCAAGCAUUUUUCUUAAAUCCUCCAGCUAUUAAUUUUAAUUUAGUAGGAGUAGCAGAUGUCCUGGAUUUACCUGGAUUUAACGACAUUCUAAGAAAAACAAUUGUAGAACAAAUAGCAGCUUUUGUGGUCUUGCCAAAUAAAAUUGUUAUACCUUUAAGCGAAGCAGUGCCUGUUGAAACAUUGAAAAUGCCUGAGCCUGAGGGUGUUUUAAGAAUUCACGUAGUCGAAGCAAAGCAUCUUAUGAAAAAAGAUAUUGGAGUAUUGGGUAAGGGCAAGUCUGAUCCAUAUGCGAUUAUAAAUGUUGGAGCACAAGAGUUUAGAACAAAAACUAUAGACAACACUGUGAACCCAAAAUGGGACUUUUGGUGUGAGUGUGCCGUGACAUCGGCCAUCGCUCAGCAAAUUACUGUGCUGCUGUGGGACUAUGACGACACCAAAGGCGACGAAAGUUUGGGAAGGGCUAGUGUUGAAGUCAGUCGAGUAAAGAAAAAAGGAGAUAUUGAUACGUGGGUUUCAUUGGAACAAGCAAAACAUGGUAUGAUUCAUCUACGAUUGACAUGGCUUCAACUUUCGAAAAAUGUUGUUGACUUGAAAUCUGCUCUGAUUGAAACUCAACAACUUCGAAUAACAUCAAUGAGUACAGCACUUCUCGUUCUUUAUAUUGAUUCAGCAAAAAAUUUGCCAUGUGUUCGUGGAAACAAACAACCUGACGUUUAUCUUGAAGCCAGUGUUGGUGGAAACAUAAAAAGAACAGCUACUAUAUUACGAUCUUGUGAUCCAGUAUGGGAACAAGGUUUUACGUUUUUAGUUAGCAAUCCGGAAACUGGCAUUUUACACAUAAAGAUUACAGAUGACAAGACCACGCUUCUUGUGGGAGAAAUGAAUUAUAACAUUUCUUUGCUUUUGGGGCAGAACAACCUUGAAGUUACGCAGCAACCUUAUGAUCUACAAAUGGGUGAAGCUGAUAGCAAACUAAUAUUGUCUAUGUCCUUAAAUAUUCUGAAGUAUGAACAACCUGAAGCUACUUCAGAAGAGGAUGACGAUGAUCACGACAUUACUCAACUUAAUAAAAAAAUUGAACGCCAAGAAUCAAAUAUUAGCAAUAUACUAUCUUCUAGUCUUCCACCUAGUCCAUUGAGAAGACAGCCUUCAAAGGAGUCAGUUAAUAGUUUGACACGUAGUAAUGGAUCAGAAGCAACAACUGCACCUGAAGAAACAGAUCCACCAAACGAAGAGUUGAUUGUCGUUACAGCUCCAUCCUCUCUUACUGAAAGUCCUCAGUUAAUUCAUAGAAAUCUAAGUGUAACAUCAUCCGCAGGCGGGGCUAAAUUGGGACGAAUACAGUUGUCAUUACGCUACAGUAUACAAAGGCAGAAACUUAUAAUUGUAGUACAUAAAAUAGCUAACUUACCUCUGCCACAAAAUGAUCCACACAAUAUACCAGAUCCGUAUGUAAAGCUCUAUCUUCUGCCAGACCGCCAUAAGGAAACUAAACGUAAAACAGCGGUGAUGAAAGACAACUGUAAUCCAGUCUUUGAUGAACAAUUUGAAUACGUUGUUUCUCAAGGUGAUCUAAACUCCCGUACAUUGGAAUUAUCAGUAUGCACUCAGAAGGGUUGGUUAUCUGCUGGAAGCAAAGUAAUGAGUCAAGUACAUAUAAGUUUGGGUGAACUCGAUGUUACAAAAUCUUUCACGAGCUGGUACGAUUUGCAACCAGAGACUAAAGACUAGAAAAUGAA